AUGACCAGAUUCCGACCAUGUAUCGACCUACAUGCCGGUCAGGUCAAACAAAUUGUGGGAGGUACACUGAGUACGAUUGAAUCAGAAUUAAAAACAAAUCAUGUAUCCGAAAACCCAGCCGCACACUUCGCAACACUUUAUCGCGAGGCAAACCUCCUAGGUGCCCAUGUCAUCAUGUUAGGACCCGGAAAUGAUGCGGCAGCCAAAGAAGCAUUAGCAGCCUGGCCAGAUCAUCUACAGGUAGGUGGUGGUAUCACGGACGCCAAUGCAAAGGAAUGGAUAGCCGCCGGAGCUGAAAAGGUCAUCAUCACCUCCUUCCUUUUCCCCAAUGGUCGAUUUUCCUUGGAACGACUACAAUCGGUACUGUCUGCUUUAGACAACGACAAAUCCAAGCUUGUGAUCGAUCUCAGCUGCAGACGAAAAGGGGAAACCUGGUUUGUUGCAAUGAACAAGUGGCAAACAAUAACAGAGAUGGAGAUCACCAAAGACAGUAUCAAGCUACUCGAGCCAUACUGUUCCGAGUUCCUGAUACAUGCUGCCGACAAUGAAGGUCUUCAGCAGGGUAUUGAUACUGAGCUCGUCACAAAACUAUCUCAAUGGUGCAGCAUCCCGAUCACGUAUGCCGGUGGGGCUCGCAGUAUUGAAGACCUCGACCUGGUCAAGUCAUGUAGUGGUGGAAACGUGGAUUUGACGAUAGGCAGUGCUUUGGACAUCUUUGGUGGCUCAGGUUCGAAAUUCGAGGACUGCGUGCAAUGGAAUUUUGCACAUGGAAGCUUGAACAUGACGAUAUAG